UCCCACAAAUCCUUUUCUUGGUGACAGCUGCUCUGUACCUGGGUGGGCAGGAAGCACCAGCCACAUUAGAUAUGAUUAAUCAGAAAAAAAAACCCUACAAAAUUCAGGAACUUGGACUUCUAAGCACUUGUUUGUGGUUGGCCCGAUCUGUGUUAAACAUAGCUCUGUGCAGCUGGUCCUUAGCAGCUUCUGAUAUUUAAAAUGCAUUUUGAAACUACAGGGGAACCUCCAAACAGGCACUAAUCCCUUUUAAAUGAGAACGCACAGAGGCGGGGUUUCCCUUUCCUUGGAAAUACCAGUUCAUUUUGACCGGGAUCGGCAGAGCAGUAGGAUUUAUCCCAAGGGAACUCCUAAAGACUUAUCCAGACUAAAAAGCUUACCCAGACUUAAGCAGAUACACAUUUAUGAGCAACCUUUCCCUGUCUCUCCAUGGCUUUCCAGGCAAUGCUGAAUUAUAACGAAACAAGAAAAAAAAAAAUAGCCGAGAACAUCCAGUUAUAAAGAGGGGAAGUUAAGGAUAGGUCAUCUUAUGGGUGCUGCAGAGUAACGGUUACAAAUGCAGAGUUAGGGCUUGUCUCAAAAGAAGAUUUGGAAGCUUAUGCUCCAUUUUGUGACAACGAACCUGUCGCAUUUCAACACAUGAGAUCUUGAAACCAUCCUUAACUAUUCUAAGCACUUGUGCUUAACAUGACCUGGGUUGUCUUCCCCAACAGAUAUAAAAUAAUCACUACAGAGAGAAGAGUCCGGUGGGCGCUAGGUUUGUGCUGGUCUGUGUCCCUGCUGGCAGGAUUAGUCCCCAUGUUUGGGUGGAACAAGGCAGAACCAAGAAACUCUGGCUUUCUCAGGUGUCGCUUCACCUCUGUGAUGAAGAUGGAAUACAUGGUGUACUUUGGCUUCUUCACAUGGACCCUGGUCCCUCUGCUCAUCAUGUGCGCUCUGUACAUUGAAAUCUUUAACAUUAUCCGGACAAAGCUACAUCAAGGUUCAACCAGUGUGAGAGGGGCAGGAGGUUUUUAUGGACAGGAGUUCAAGACAGCCAAAUCUCUAACACUUGUUCUCUUCCUGUUUGCUGUAUCCUGGUUGCCUCUGUGCAUUAUAAACUGUGUUUCCUACUUUUAUCCUAAAUGUCAGAUCCCCAAGUAUUUGAUGUACUUGGGAAUUGUGUUAUCCCAUGCCAAUUCUGCCAUGAAUCCCAUUGUCUAUGCUUGCAAGAUAAAAAAGUUCAAAACCACAUACCUUUUCAUUUUAAGGACCUAUAUCCUCUGCAAAAAACCAGACCCGGUUCUUACAGAGCAAAAACCAGACCAGCAGUCGUAAAUAAAGGACAAAUGAUGACCUGCCAGUACACGCCAGACCACUGAUAAACCACUUUGUUAAGAAACCCAUGUGAAAAUUUGUGUCGUUUCAUCUGUUCCCACUCUUGCACAAACUGUUUCACGAUAAGGGCAAGCGUCUCUUACUCAAUCUGAUGCAUAUUUGACAUUAAUUUUGUAAGGAUCAUUUCUGAUCUCCGGCAUCAUUAUACCCAAGAGAACUCUCCUCAGUGGCCACCGUAUGCAGCCCAGCUUUUCCAGGCCAGCAUCUUCAUUUAACAGGACCUUCCAGUUAUUAUUGAUCAGCCUGAGCGUUAUUUGGUCAGCCAGUGACUCAAAGCACCAUUAACAAGGCAGAUGUUUUGCUCCUUGUUCCCCAGCUCAGAUCCAUGGAGAGCUGGUAAAGACAGUGCUUGGUUGUCCCUAGAUUUAACCCAAGACUGAAAACUCUUUGUUACGACUCUGAUUUUUGGUUUUGCCCAGUUACAGGCCCUUUGCUUACAGACAGACAAACUUGCCCUGACUCUGUUUUUGACAGUAGCGCCUCUCCAAUAGUAGCAUCUCCUGUGACAUCUCCAGCUGCAGAUGCACAACCACAGUGUCAAACCACCCUCGCUCGCUGACGGCCAUCUCAGCUGACAGCUCGGAAGCUGCACUGACUUUGAUGACCUCCUCCCUUCUUUAGCGAGAUGCUGGCAGUGGGAGACUUCAGUCAAGAUGCUGCUGACCUCAGAAGCCUGCAAGAACAGACCUCAGACACAGAGCACCAGGCAGGAGCCGUUCAUUAAUGAGACAUGCUGGGGCAGGGGAGCAUGCCAGGAAGAGAUGACUGUCAAAAAAUGAACUAAUGGCAUAUUUAAGUUCUCUCCUUCUUCCCCAGGAAUCAACUUGACAGUCUCUAAACCAUCAAGGAUGAACCUUCCCAUUUUUUUUCCACUUAAACCCACCCAUUUGGAGAAUUCUUCUUACACAGCACAUUCCCAAGCUUAACUCCCCCUACAAUCACAAACCAUUUUCCUGACACCCGAUUCAAGAAUGACUGGUUGCAAGUCUCCUCUUGUAAACCCAAAGAACAGCUGCUUGUUUUGUGACAACCUGCUACAGACCGAAAGACAGCUCUAAAGGUGUUUGUAAAUAUGUCUAGAUAUGUCUUCAUAUUAACUCAUUUCAAAAUACAGAAGAGAUACUUAAGCCAAAUUUUGUCCAGUGGUGGUUUUUUCCAUAAGGAUUGGCUGUGUCCACUGAAAGAGAGGACAAAUGUGUUCUUUGUUGUUGGUAAGACAGCAAUUCACAAGCGAGCCAUGUCCUCACUGACCAUUCUUACACCCUUCAGCUUCUCUCUUGAUUUAGGCUAUAAAUUUGAGCCUGGUGCUACAGUGUUGUCACUUUUAAAUGAAUAAUAAUAAAUAUUAAAUGAAUUUUAUAUUAAUCCAGCCUGCUGUUCUCCCAUGACAAACAAACCAACCUAGUGAUUCUGCGUAAAAAAGAACCCUGGAUGAAAUCUUCACUCUGUUUUGGUUGGUGUCCUCACUGGGAUGGCACAGAAACUGCAGGAUUACACCACAGCUUGUUUUUGGGGAACAUGGGUCAAGCUGAAAUAGGUCAUUAAAGGCCAGGCUCUUUUUUCUCUUUUCUCCUCCAUCUUUAAAUAAUAACGGCAGUCUAGAAAAAGCAGAAAAGGGAAUGCAUCGUUCUGUUAUUUAACUCAGAAAGAGUUGGCAUCUCCUCCUUCAGCUGAGAUCAGACAUCUCAAUUUAUUAUCUGAUGUAACCCUCAUCAGAGGCCAAAGUUCUGCCCUGUUACACAGCUCAACUCUAUUAAUAAACAGCAAAGGAAGUCACUGCACAAGAACAUUGGAAUUUUGCUACACAAUCUCUUAUUAUCAGUUGAUGGAGCUGAUUGCUUUCAGAGAAAAACAAGUUCCACUUCAAGAGCACAAAAUCGUUCGCUAG